CAGGCGAACCAAUGGAGAAAGCAUUGGCAUAUUAAGGGAGAAAGUCUGAAACAGUCACUUUCUUUACCAUCCGAAUCGGAUACAAUGUCAUGGUUGGCUCGCUCCAUUGCCAACUCCCUUCGCCUUGAAGACGAAGAUGACGGACACAACGGCGUCGUUUCCCCCAUUCCCUCCAAUCCUCCUUCUCCCUCUACUGCUCCACCCAACCAGAUGGAUUCCCAAUCCGAACUCGACGACGAAGCAUUAUCUCGCGGUGUCAAAGAGGACUUGACUGAAUUCAAACAAACCCUAACCCGCCAAUUCUGGGGCGUCGCCUCUUUCCUUGCCCCGCAGCCGCCGCCCCAUCCUUCCUCCACCCCUUCUCAUCCCCACCCGGAACGUGAUCUGGCUGCCCCUCCCGAUUGGAAGCCGUCUAAUCAGUCUGAUCCGUCGAUCUCCGGGGACGAAGACGACGAAGACGACCCGUCCGAUCCGGUUGAAGUCUUGAAGAUGCGUUCGAGUUAUGAUGCGUAUGCGAAAUCCGGGAAUUUACAGGGGGAAUGCUAUCAGGAGGUGGAUUGGGGAGAUGCUAUUGGGAUCACUGAUGAAGUGCUGACGUUUGCGACGAACAUUGCAAUGCACCCUGAGACUUGGAUCGAUUUCCCAAUUGACGAGGAGGAGAACAGCGAUGAUUUUGAAAUGUCUGAUGCCCAAAAAGAGCAUGCUUUCACUAUUGAGCGUCUUGCUCCUAGAUUAGCUGCUCUCAGAAUUGAGCUCUGUCCUUGCCAUAUGAGUGAGAGUUACUUUUGGAAAGUCUAUUUUGUGCUCCUGCAUUCAAGACUCAAUAAGCAUGAUGCAGAGGUUUUAUCUACUCCACAGGUAGUAGCAGCAAGAUCAAUGUGGAUGCAGGAAUUACAAAAGCAGACCAAGCCAGAGUCUUACUGGUGUGGAAGAGACACUUUUGAAUUAAAAGACAGCUCCUAUGUGCUGCAGGAAGGCAGUAGUCCCAUGGCAUUCCAUGAUACUCAUUCUGGAUCGACGUUGCCUUGGACAUUUACAUCUGAGCCAAGCAUAUCGUCUAUCUCAAGCAAUUAUGAGACAGAAAAAUAUCAAACAGAGAGUUCUGAAAUGCAAUUCAUCGAUAAGUCGGUUAUUGUCGAACAACCUAUAAUCAAGAAUGAUGAUAGAAACUCGAUAAUUGGGUCUUCUUCAAAAUUCCUUGUUCAGAACUAUGAGGAUGAGUCAGACAAUGACUGGCUAGAGGAAGACUCUGACUUGGGUGGUUGUAAUGGAACCAUCCUCCCUCUGGAGAACGAAGAAGAUAUUUCUUUCAGUGAUCUUGAGGAUGAUGAUAUGGUUCUGCCAGCUAAAUUCAAGAUUGCUUCAAAAGAAUAGGGAAGUUAUUCGUGGUGUUGCUUCCGAUUGUGUUUGCUUUGCUGAUGAGGUUAAAUGAAUUACAAAGUCAGUCUGACAAGAUUAUUGGGUUUCAGAUACCAAUCCUGUAAAUCCAUCUGAAAUGGCUUUUUGUGGGUUGGGGUGCAAUUGUAAAUGAUACGAAUGGUCAUUCCAAUUGGAAGAGUGUUUCUCGAUAAUGUGUUUCAAUUUGGUUUGUAGUUUGGGAAUUGUGUAAAGAAUGUAUAUCAGUAAAUAGACAAAAAGGGAAAAGAUAUAAGAUUUUUUUUGUUCCAUGCCA